UUAGGAGAUUUGUUUACAUUAAAAAGGAAACAUUCUAUUAAAAAAAAAACUUUAAAGUCGCUUUGGUAAAAUCUCCAGUCCUUUGCGCCUCUUCGUCUUCUUCGGACAAUGGCACAUUCCUUGACCUCACUCGCCAUUUUCCAGGGCGUCAACCAUAAAGAGAUGAUUAGGAGUUUGCAUGUCUACGGAUCGGUUGAGAUUGAGAGAGAGUUCUUGUUCGAGAGGAAAAGCCGUUAUGUGGAGAAGAAAGCUAAGCCUCUGUUCUGUUCGGAAGGUCUUCGGCGGCCGGAGAUCUCGCUAGGUUCGGUUUUUGGCACGUGGAGAUGUAUCUUCGUGUUCCGGUCUAACCACUCGCUUCCUCAGUUUCCUACUCUUCUCUGCCCUUCAAGAAACCCUAAACUGGUGGACGUCCCUAACUUAGCUAAUGUGCUCAAGUCUAUCUCCGAGUUAAAACCGAAGAAACCAUCAAAUGUUUCUGACAUAGAACAAUGCAGCAGUAGAGUCCCAUAUUGUAAUGUUGAUCAGCCUAAACCGCAAAAGUUUGUACUCAAACAAGAUCUUAACUGCCUUCCUGAUUCAGAAACUGAAUCCGAGGAAUCUGAAGAUGACCAAACUGAACAUUCAGAAUCAGAUGUUACUACAGAGAUAUUGAAGAAGAGGAGGACACCAUCCCAACAUGUUGCUAGACUUUGCUUAGAAGAUCUUUCCAAAUACUUUGGUGUUCCUAUCGUGGAAGCGUCUAGGAAACUCAAUGUCGGUCUCACGGUCUUGAAAAAGAAAUGCAGAGAGUUUGGGAUUCCUCGGUGGCCUCAUAGGAAGCUCAAAUCUCUUGACAGUCUCAUCCACGAUCUUCAGGAAGAAGCAGAGAAGCAGCGGGAAAAUAACAAAGCAGCAGCAAUGGUGGUAGCUAAGAAACAGAAGAAACUGGAGACAGAGAUGAGAAAUAUAGUUGAGAGACCAUUCAUGGAGAUACAGAUAGAAACCAAAAGAUUCAGACAAGACAACUUCAAAAAAAGACAUAGAGCUUCCAGAGCCAAGAAGAAUCAAGAAUCUCUUGCCACUUCCUCUUCAACUUAAAAGAUCUUUAUUAGGUCUUUUUAUUAACAAAAUUAUUAGUUAUAGCAUCGCUGCUAGUCACAGGUUCAACAGAUCCUCCUAGGCCAUGUUGGUUUGAAUUUUUGUUGUUGGUAUCAUGAGUUUUUCUGUGGUUCGGAACUCGGAACUAAUUGAUGCAAAUGUUCAGUCCAUAGUCAAGAUUCAAAACUUUCAAUAGUGUGAUGAAAAAUUGUAGUUAAUGCAA